AUGUUUCUCCCAAACGCACACGAAGAAAAGGACACUGCUGUGCUCCUCCAGUUCAUCCGCGAAAACCCACUAGGUCUCCUGAUAACCGGGGUCAAAUCUUCCCAAGACUUCCUGCAAUGUACCCACGUGCCCUGUGUACUGGACUUCCCGGAAGAAAGCGGCGAAUCUGCACCCAACGGCCGACUCCGCGCCCACAUUGCUAAGCAAAACCCACAAGUGAAGGGCAUAGUCGAAGCACUUGAGAAUAAGCCCAAUGUCCUCGACCUCGACGAUAAUGUCCUAGUCAUAUUUAACGGCACACAUGACCACUACGUAACACCGAAAUACUACACUGAGACAAAACCAGAUACGGGCAAGGUCGUUCCUACUUGGAAUUACUCCGCUGUUCAGGUCUACGGCAAAUUGUCUCUAUACUAUGACUCGAAGACGCCCGAGGCUGGCGCUUUCCUUCAUAAGCAGAUUCGGGAUCUGUCGCAGCAUACCGAGGAGUCUAUUAUGGGGUAUAUGGGUGGUGAUAAGCCCAAGGCGUGGACAGUGGAAGAGGCGCCAGAGAAGUAUGUUGAGUUGUUGCAGCGAAAUAUUGUCGGAAUUGAGAUUCGAAUCGAAAAGAUCCAGGGCAAAUUUAAGAUGAGUCAGGAGAUGAGGGUUGGGGAUCGCGAGGGCGUGGCGGAGGGGUUUGCGGCUAUGGGUGGGGGAGACGGGGAAGGCGCUUUCGAAGCUGGUCAAGGAGCGAGGUUUGUUGCACGAUGCCAAAAAGCAGUAGAAGAUACCACGCAUGGAGAAUGA